CACAAAUGAUGACCUGCAGCAGGUACCGAUAACAUUUUUGGUGUAGUUGUGUUUUCCUGUUAGUGUCAGACUUUAUUUCUAAACCAAAAGUCGAUCAUAGUUCUACAUUGCCUGUCUUAAAAGAUGGACAGUUAGCAGUCACUAUGUGCUUGGAGAAUGAAAACUGACCUAUCCCAAGAUGCUAAUCACUCAACCUGGGCAUGGCAGGAAGUUGGUACAUUGGCCAAUCCGUGUCCACGAUCUCGAUUCAAACAUGCAGCUUGUCUCAGUGGCAGUUAUGUGUACUUGUAUGGAGGGAAAGAUGGACGAACACCACUGAAAGAUUUUUGGCGGUUUAAUUUAGGUACUCUGACGUGGGAGAAUCUCAACAUUCGAGGUGAACAGCUGCCACAUCUAGAAGGACACACUCUUGUUGCCUGUCAGAGACUGAUUCUGAUAUUUGGGGGACAGCUGAGUGAUGGACUUCAUGGACCUCCUCUGUGGAUUCUCAACACAGAUUUGUUACUUGUGAGGAAGAUUAGCAGUGAUGAAGAAAUUGGCGGAGGGCCGACGGGAAGGAGGGAUCACACGGCUGUUCUGUACAACAGCGCCAUGUUUGUGUACGGCGGCUUUGUCGACAUCAAGGGAUCCAGCACAGAGUUCUGGAUGUAUUCCAUCAAUGAGGAGCAGUGGUCCGAGGUAAAGGUCCGGUCCGGGGAGACCCCUGGUGGCAGACACGGGCAUAGUGCUGUCGUGGAGAAGAAUUCCAUGUGGUUGUUUGGAGGAAUGAGCGGGUUGACCAUCAAGUCUGAAGUCUGGAGGUUCACAUUCACAAUGAGGACCUGGCAGAGAGUAAAGUGUUUGGGCAGUCCCCCACUUGUCACAGGUCAUUCUGCACAUGUGAUAGACAAUGUGAUGUAUGUCAUUGGUGGAGAGAUUCAAGGCGACCUCAAAAAUGAUGUCUGGUGUCUACCUCUUGAUUCUUUCAUUUGGAGAAAAAUAUCCACCGUUCAGUCUGUUGCUGUGAUGCCCCCAUGUACACAGCAUGCCUCCGUGUGGAUAGACACUAGAGCUGUUAAACAUGAUUCUGGAAACUCACGGUGUGUGUCCGAGCCUUACCUCCAGCCUCCUCAUAACACCGACAGUCUAGAGAUGAGACCCAUGUCCAGUCCUCCGGUCACAUCCAUCUCAAACAGUCGAUCUGCUCAGUUUAACCAACUAGCACCUGCUACCUUCAGAACAGAAGUCUUACCCCAUGAUCAUGUAACCACCAUGCGAAGACUGUAUUCCAGAAACUGUGGUUAUCAGACAUUUUACAGUCGGAGUGAAGACAACCAGGCCCUGGUGAGACCUGCGUCACUGGAUUCAGAGAGAGGUUUGGACAACAUCGUCAUGUGCCUUCAAGAUGAAGAACUGUUGGAGGGUAAGGAUUGUGAAGCUAUUAAAUACUGGAACGAAAACUCCUUGGUUCAGAUUCAGGCAAACGACAGACAUUUGUCUGUGGAUGCAAGUCUAAAAUUGAGUGAAGUAGCUUCUAGGUCAUGCUCUAAUGGUGAUCCGACUACUACAGAUCAGAUGAACUCACACAUCUAUGACAAGAAUAACCAUGGCAGGAAGCAGUACGUGCAUAAUUCAGUUAUCACGAAGCAGCGAAGAAGCAGCAAAUCGCAUCCUAGAGAAACAUCUGAAAAUUGUCCAAAUCCCAGUAAAGCUAUUCGGUCUUACCUCUGCAAUGAUCUGUAUGUUGAGGACCUGGAAAUGGUCGGUGUAGGAGAUUUUAUUGGAUGUGUAAAAUUUAUAGAUGAAUUUAACAAGAAAGAGCAUUGCUGUUCAGAAUCUAUAGAGCUUUGUGACAUGUCCUCAAAUCAUAUUGUAGAUAGCUCAGUUGACUUGAAUGAGGUUUUUAGCUGUGAUACCGACAUAUGUCAUGAGAUGAGUGAUGUCUGUGACAGCAAUUCAGGUUCCGGAAACACUUGGGUUGUGCCAGGUGAUGAAGGAUGUAUUGUGUUCUGUGAUGAUGACCGCCAGCCAACACACACUGAUACACACAGCGUACAAGACAAAAGAUGUCUACCAGUGUCACAUAAUACCAGCUGUGUACCCAACCAAAGUAAUACAAACUGUAUAACGGUACAAAUUGACACAAACGGUCAGUCGGUACAAGGUGACACCAACUGUCAUCCAAUACAAAUUGACACAAACCAUCAGCUAAUACAAAAUAACACAAACGGUCAACCAACGCAAAGUGAUAUAAACUUUCAGUUAGUAACAAGGAAUACAAGCAGUCAAGCCAUAAAGAGUGACACAAACCACCAGCCAAUACAAAGUGACACAAACGAUCGGCUAAUACAAAGUGACACAAACGAUCGGCUAAUACAAAGUGACACAAACCAUCAGCUAAUACAAAGUAACACAAACCAUCAGCCAAUACAAAAUAAUGCAGAAUAUAACACAAACAGUCGGCCACCACACAGUGGUAAACUGGUGUCUACGGGAACACAGACAGACAUGUCUGAACAAUGUUUAAGAGAUUAUUGCAGUAAUCAAAAUGUACAGCAGUUUUAUGCCAAACCACAUGCCAAUGAACCAAUGUUACCCUCAUUUACGGAUACUGACGUCUGCAGUGGACGACUGCUAGUAAUCGGUGGCAAAGUUAUACAAGGGCAUUUUUUAUCAAAACCUAUUAGCUUGUGGGCAGCUGAAAUUGUUUAAUACCUUAUCUUUUUUAAAAACUUAUUUGAUCAUAAAGUGUUUUAACCACCUUGUUCUCAUGGAAUUUGAUGACCUGUGUUAUGCAGGUAACUGUUUUAAGAGACCAGGUUUUCAUACUCCUUAACAGAUGGUUGCUUAACUCAGGUUUCACUGUUGCUACUUAGUCUGUGAUAUUUCUCGUACAAUUUUUGGGGCUGUUCAACAAUUAAUUGUGCCAAAAUCGGUUAUAUUAUAUACUCCCCUCCCAUUCCAUAAAACAUUUUGCAAUGCUAAGAUCACUCCCUCCUUUAAAACAUUUAGUGUAUCACUCCUCAACCCCCAUCUCCAUUUUCUUGACACUGUUAAUGUGAUGUAAUUUUACCAGUAUUUUUGGAUGUUUUGUUCAUACUUUGUUUUUCUUUCAACUGCUAAUACAUUCAAGUGUAUUAGACUCAAAACAAAUUGUCUGUAAUUGUUCAUGACUGCCUGCAUUUACUUUCUAAAUAAAAAUGAAAUGUUUUGAAAAUAUUACAUAGGAUAACUCUGAACAAACACCUUCUACCCACCUCCAUAACAUUUAUAACAUCAUAUUAAACCCCUCUCUCCCACUCAUUACUUAAAUGUUGAGUGGCACCAUUAUUGUAUGGAUUAUUUAUUUUUCAUUGUUGAUGUUUUAAUGUUCCUAAUACUGCAUAGUAACUAGUUGAUUGGGCCUAUCUACAGUCUAUGGACAGUGUAUUGAACACAAUUAAGUUUUAUUUUUAACCUUUUCCAGGGCUCACCCUGUUCAUUGCCAUAUUAGCCAAUUGCUAAUUUUUAUACAAAAUGGUUACAUUUAGUUUUUGGCUAAUGACAGUGUUUCUCCCAGGAUUUCAUUAUAAAAUUUUCCUUAAAUUAACCACAUUUAAUAAAUUUAUCUAAAAAUUGGCUAAACUAAAAUUUGUUCCAGUGUGAGCCCUGCUUUUCUAUUAUAAGAGGAAUUGACAUGCAGAAUAAUAUGUGACAUGUUGAAAAUGGCCGAGAUGAUUGAAAGAUUUAACUAAAGCCAAAAACAACAUGCAGAAUCAGUUUAAUUUGAAAUGAAUGGAAGCUUCCAGUUUCUUCAUUAGAGUAUUCAUUUUUGUACAUCUGAUUAGAUUGUCCUAAUGUUUAUAGAAACUCGAGACUGUACCUUGAUGUGACCGUGAGUUCUGAACAUAAUGGGGUUUUGUCAGGAGUUCUGAACAUAAUGGGGUUUUAAAGUAACUUUUAGAAGUAUACUGAAUACCAAAUGAAAUUGUAAGUUUGCCAUUAGAAUACAUCCUGUAGGUUUACUUGAUUAUAAACGCUUAAUUCUUUAAAAUGAUAAAUGGUGUAUCAACCUGUAAUUCUACAAAAUAUCAGUGUUUUUUAAUUUCUUCUUCGAAACCACAAAUUAAUGUUACGGCUAAAAAUUAUAUUAGCAUUUCUUUUUAUGUUCAGUAUACAUGCUUGUAAAUCAUCAGGAUGUUUGACAACUCAGAACAAGAUUAUACUUAUACCAGAUGUGAAAAAAUUACUAAUUUUAUGGGGGGGAGGGGGGUUUAAUAUAAUGUUUUAGACAGAAAUACCAUACAAUAUGGAAAGAAGUUCAUGUAUCUUUAAUAUUGAUAUUAUGACUUAGGCUAUUGUGAUAUUAAUCUCAUGGUAACAUACGGGUAAUGUUUUCUAAAGUUAUAUCUUGGAGUUAAAUCAUGCUGACUAAUUUUUGCAUCUGCGGUCAGGGCUGAUGGAUAUUAUUGGGUGGCAGGCAUUGAGAUAGACAUAGUACAUGUAUCUGGUAAACCAUGUGAGAACGAUGCCACAACAUAAGGACAUGUUCAUGUAUAUGUUACAACAAACUUAUAAAGUGUCAUCAUUAAUACUCUUAAAGCCCUUCACAGACACACUAAUGCUUUGUUAUUGCCCUCACUGGUUUUUAUUUGCAUUCAAAUAUAAUUACAAACAUUUUGCUGUUAUACAAUUUACUUUGAUCAAAUUAUGUUAUUAUGUAAAGUGGAACAUCAUUAGGUAAAACAGGUCAUGAAAAAUAUGUCAAUUUUUCUAUGUAUAACGGUUAAAAAUUGUAUAUUAUUGUAUACACCCUGCCCAAGUAGAUUUCUGCUUUUUAAUACAUUCUCUAGGGAAGCAUGUCCCAACCCCCUGUAAACUUUGCUUGCCACAGUCUAGACUCGACCCUGCAAACAUUACUACACACGCCUGCUUCAUUGACAGUGAUAACCACUUGGUAGCCUGAACAACCAUUGUCAACUUGUUUUAAUACCUGGGGUGGCCAGGCAAGACAUUUUGAAGUUAACGAAUUACCUCUCACU